AUGGGACGUAUGUAUGGGAAGGGAAAGGGUAUCUCGUCGUCGAGUAUCCCCUACGGCAGAAAGCCCCCGUCAUGGCUGAAGACGAAGCCUUUCGAGGUGGAGGAACAAAUAGCCAAACUGGCGAAAAAGGGACAGACGCCGUCCCAAAUCGGCGUUUCACUCCGUGAUUCCAUGGCCAUUCCGCAAGUUAAGGCGGUAACAAACAACAAGAUCCUUAGAAUCCUAAAAGCCCAAGGCCUCGCUCCUGAGAUUCCCGAGGACCUCUACUUCCUCAUAAAGAAGGCUGUUUCCAUGAGGAAGCACAUGGAGCACAACCUGAACGACAAGGACUCCAAGUUCAGGCUCAUCUUGGUGGAGUCCAGGAUCCACAGACUCGCCAGAUACUACAAGAAGAAGCGCCAGCUGCCAGCGACCUGGAAGUAUCAGGCGUCCACAGCUGGAACUCUGCUCGCCUAA